CCUCAAGAACAAUUUAAUGAAUUAUGUGAAAGUGAGGAUAGUCACCAGAAUAACUUUGAUCAGUCAUUAAAAGCCCCAGCUACUGAAAUAUUAUCAAAUACUAUUGUUAAGUCUAAUGCAAGAUUACCAAAUAUUAGCUGGGUUUGGGAUUUUAUGAAAAAGGAUAGAUUAAACAAACAAGUUAAAUGUGAGGUAGUUACAUUAUUAGACGGAAAUAGUAAAAUAUGUAAUAGAACUUUUAGUAUCACGACUUCAACUACACACCUUGGCGAACAUCUUAAUACAAUUCAUAGAAUUUUUCCUAAUCCUCAUAAAUCUGUCAAACAAGAAAAAUUAGUAUUUCAUUUAGCAGCAUGGAUUGUUGAAGAUUGUCAGCCAAUGAGUGUUGUUGAUGGUCAAAAUUUUCAUCGUUUUUGUUAUGAAAUGGACCCUCGUUUUAAAGUUCCUGGUUCAGCACAAAUUAAAACAAAAAUUAAAGAAUUGUUACUUUUUGCUGAAGACCAGUUACAUGAGUCUGAAAAUUUAGAAUGGCCAUUAUUAGGUGAUGACGAUUCUGAAUCAGAUGAUGAUAAUUUACUAACACAGUCAAUUGAACAAGCAAAAAAUAAAAAAUAUCUAUUGUAG